AUGAAUCAUUCCACGGCCAGGGUGUUGCCCUUUGGCCGUUCCAGGUUACAUACAAUACCGGACAUUACACGUUAUACAAUUACAGACCCCUUGGGGCCGUUGGCUUUGCAUUUGGCUAGAAAAACUCACCAACUCUUGCAGAGCUUGAUGAGUUUUAAGUUAGCGCUUCCGAAUGUCUCUGGAUGCGCCAAUCCAGCAGCGCAAAAUCCGUCUGCCUACAGGACCCUGUCGUUUGACUUUGAUGGCGUUGCGCACAUAACAGACUGUCUUGGUUGCCCUGCAGUAGCUCGGCCGCCAAAGAGAAUACCCUCAAAAUUGCGACUAAAUCGGUCAUUUUCGGUGCAGAAAUUGCGCGGAGGCCGUGUUCAACCGCCGACAAUGGCAUGGCUGCGUGUCGAGUUUCGGCUGCUGGUCUCCAGGCUGCUCCCGUUCCCCUCGUCAGGGUAUUCCGUUCUGCCCCAGUCCUCACGCUCUGGUAGAGCAGUCUCCUUUGCGCAGAGUCCCCGGGCCGCGUGCCGCUGUCUCACCCUGCUUGUCCGGAUCGGUCUGGUGGUCCUGCUGUGCAACAUCAUAUUGACACCCAUCUUCUGGCCUUCGUACACGCACCUUCCACCUUGCUAUGAGAAUCUCCAGACGAUAGCCUCAAACUCGGACACCCCCGGACGGGGCAACACCCACAAUGAAAAGGUAUUCAUCGCCGCAAUCUUAUACGACCGAACCGGCGAGCUCGCCGGCGGCCCAUGGGGUGACGCGCUGGUACAGCUAAUCGACCUUCUCGGCCCAGACAACGUCUUCCUCAGCCUGUACGAAAACAACAGCGGGCCAAAAGGCCAGCAAGCGCUGGAGGCCCUCGCGCAGCGAAUCCAAAGCAACAAGUCCAUCGUGGUGGAUGUCGACGAGCACACCGCGUUCGACGCCUUCCCCCGCGUCACGCUCCCCGAUGGCCACAAACGCAUCAAGCGCAUCGACUACCUAGCCACGCUGCGGAACCGCGCCCUGCGGCCCCUCGACGAGCCGAACCACCUCACGUACGACAAACUCCUCUACCUCAACGACGUCUACUUCCACCCCGCCGACGCCCUCCAGCUCCUCUUCUGCACAAACGCGCAUCCCCCGCGCACUGCCCCGGCCUACCGCGCCGCCUGCGCCGUCGACUUCAGCAACCCCUUCAAAUUCUACGAUAGCUACGCCACCCGCGAUCUGGCCGGGUACGGCAUCGGCCUCCCGUUCUUCCCCUGGUUCACGAGCGCAGGGCACGGACGGAGUCGGGAAGACGUGCUGGCGGGCCGGGACGCGGUGCGCGUGCGCAGCUGCUGGGGCGGGAUGGUCGCGUUCGAUGCGUCGUAUUUCCAGCGCGCAAACCCCGUGCGCUUCCGGGCGGAUGACGAGGUCUUCUGGGAUGCGUCGGAGUGCUGUCUGGUGCAUGCGGAUGUGCAGGAUGCGCCGGAGGAUGUCGACGCGAUUCCGGCCACGGGGGUGUAUAUGAAUCCGUUUGUGCGGGUGGCGUAUACGACCAGGACGUUGGCGUGGCUGGGGACUACGAGACGGUUUGAGGGGUUGUAUGUGCGCGUGCAUGAUCUGCUGAACAGGGCUGUGGGGUUGCCGCGGGAGAAUCCGCGGCGGACAGAGGUGCCGGGAUCAAAAGUGAAGCGGGAGGUUUGGGUGCCGGAAGAGGGAUUACAGAAUGGUGGCUCGUUUCGACUGGUGGAGGUUACGGCGGGCAAUGAUGGGUUCUGUGGUCGACGGGGGAUGGAGGUGGUGGUGGAAGAUAGACGACCUGGGCAGGAUGGGUUCGAAGCUGUACCGCUCCCUUCUCGAUAG